GUAUCGCAUAUCGCAUCGCAUAUCGUAUCGUACUAAUGUGCACCGUGCCUUACGUAGACCCGAUUGUCGUGGGAACGAGUCAAAAGCCAUCGAUACUAUCGAUAGGGCCAUCGAUAGUUUCCCAGUUCUAAUUAAAUGUUGAAGUCAGUUCAACUAAUAAUUAAUCAUUGUCAAAAUGACUGAAGCUAUAACCGAAAUUUUUGCUGAUCUACAAACUUUAAAAGAAAUGAUAAACGGAUAAAAGGCUUUUUAAACUGGCUUUACGACGUUUACUCUAAGAAUGGCCCUGCAGAAUAUUAUGCACUGAGAGCAAUCAUAAAAGUUGUGGGAUUAUUCCCAAAAUAUCGCUUGAUGGGAUUCAGCCAAGUAUUUCAACCAAAAUCCUUAAUUUAUAGUCGUCUAAAUAUGGACAAAGUAAAGAAAUGUGAUGAUUAUGUCCUAUCUAUUUUGGAAUGUAUAGAUAUGGGAAUCAAUGCUCCGGACAACGUGACUUUAUCUUACCGAAAAACUAUGACUCUUAAGCCGAUAUUGGAGUUUUUGAUACGUUUGCAUAACUCGUCUGAAUUUAGCACCUCCAGGAACCCGCUCAUAACAUAUUAUUCUUUGAAUUUGAUAAGGAAACUUAUUUGCGACGACAGUGAUGGUCUUAAGCUUUACAUGGCAGAACUAUUGGGAAUUUCUCUAGGAUUAAUGUUUUUUGGGAACCCAAUUAAAGAAAAAAAGCAGUUAUGGAUUCGGAAUCUACAGCCUUUACGAUAUUUCAACACCUUGCAAGACGAAGUUGACAUGGAUGCUUAUCAUAAAAUUGGGGUUAAAAUUGUAACGAGAAAAAGAAAUCGGGGUACAAGAAACAAAGGAGUUGUGCAUGCAAUGCCAGAAUCUGCAGCCAUAAUCGAUAAGCCAAUAGAAGAUAAAGUUACGAUCAUCCAGGUUUCACAAAAUCAUUUUCAUGAAUUCCGACACGAUGUUUAUCAAAGUAAUCUUAAUAUUAAAAUACGAUUAACUGCUUUAUCUCUUUUGAGUGAUAUUACUAAAUUAGCUGACCGGUAUUAUCUUUAUUCAUUUUGGCAGUCAAUAUUUCCCAGCGAGAUGGAUGAUGCAAAUGCUCGACACGAUAUCCUUUUGGUAUGUCAAACUGACACCAGUUCCAGAUGUCGAUGCUAUGCUCUACAAGUUUGUGCGGAUCUUUUUUUGAACUCGAGAUCUUUAUUUAGUCAAGCCGAAUACAAAUACCGAUCAACCGCAUUUGUUCCAUAUUCACAAAAGCUUGGUUUAACUAUUUUAUCAGCUUAUAAAGCGCUUACUAUGCUUUUAGAAAAGGAAGUCCCAUUACCUGAAUUAAUACAAGCAUUAAAAUGUUCAGCGGCUUUGGUUCAAGUAACUCCAUUUGAUAAGUUUGAAUGUAGUUUCGUUCACAAUUUUGUGAAUGCGGUUGGGAAACUCUGCUCUCACAACGAUUUAAAUGUCCAAGUUUCUGCGUUUACCGUGUUGGAAUGUUUGUUAAUGGAACCAGAAAUGCCUCUGGGCCUGCCUGAAUCUUUAGGUAUAUUUAAGCAACGUUUACUAACAUGCGAAAAGUAUCGGCAACCAGUUAUCAACUGUUCAGUCAUGAAAAAGGUUACUGUUAAUGGUGUAUACAAGACUGUUCAAGAAUCAGAAAAUAAAAAUUGGGAUUUGGAAUCGUCGUGGUUAGUAUUGAAAGUCUUUGAUAACUUGAAAAUAAGCCAUUCACUACACAAUACAAGAUGUCAAAAAUUAAAAACCUGUAAUACUUUAAGGAUUAAAAGUCUUCAUAUGCUGUCGGCAUUGGCUACACAUUUUGAACUCUUUUUAAAGAAUAAUUUGGAGGAGAUCGCGAUGAUUUUAGAGGAUGCUUUAAGUGACAGUCAACUUGAAAUUAGGCUAUGCGGAUCGAAAUGCUUAGAAACAUGUGUUCAUCAGAUGACCGCGUUUUUACAUAACAAUGAUAAUACACAAAAUAUUGACAUCUGUACCCGUUUCUUGAUUAGUAUGCUACCUGUAAUAAUAAAUUUAAUACCUAGAGAAAAAGAGACAGCUGUUAAAAUUACUUUGUGUGAUACAAUAUCAAGCAUUAGCGGGAUCGUUUUUGAAAACUUGGUGCAGUCUAUCCGAAUAACUUUACUGAGUUUCUUGACUGGUAUGAGCAGUGACCCUACGGAGGAAGUGAUAAUUCGGGCGACAGCCGUGCGAGCUUUAUCCGUUUUUGUUACCUUUCCUUCAAUGCGUAUUGACCUUGUUUUUAUUGAAAACACGGCAGGAUUGAUUUUAAGAUUAGCAAAAGAUAAAAAUAUUGCCGUACGAAUUAAAAUUCUUUGGUCUAUGGGAAAUAUUAGUGAUGCCUUGCUAGAAAAUAGUAUGGAUGCAUCCAAUGAAUCAAUUUCGGAUGAAGUAUUGUUGAACCUAAUUAGAUAUUCAACCGAAGCUUGCAAUGAUAAUGAUAAAGUGCGCUGUAAUGCUGUUCGAACUGUAGGCAAUUUGCUAGGACUACUGUCUGAAGACCAUAUCAAGAAUAUCUUGGAUAGAACUCUUAUCAAACUCGCUAUAACGAUGUUAAUUGAUGGUAUACGCUCUUCCGGAACAUCGAAAGUCAAAUGGAAUGCAUGCUAUGCGGUCAAAAAUAUGGUAAACAAUGAAAAUAUAUUUUUAUGCACCAAUCUUUAUGAAGGUUUCAACUGGCGAUCGUCACUUUAUCCGACCCUCUGUCAUGUAAUUUGCAACCACUCGAAUUAUAAAGUAAAAAUUAAUGCAACAACUGCUCUAAUUCAUAUAUCUAAGAGAAAAUAUUUCGGAGAAUACUAUGAAAUGAUAUGGAACACAGUAAUUCGAGCUAUUGAGCAAUCUUAUAACUUACAAAAUUUUUACGAAUAUAAUCACAGAGACCACUUUCAAGAACAGUUAUGUCUCCUUAUAUGCCACGUCAUAAAAUUUGCUGCCUUACAUGAUUAUACUAUGUUCUCUCGAAUACUCACGGGAAAGUUAGAAGUAGUACAAAAGACGUGGAUUAGGGUAACGACCCGCAUGAUUCCGGAAAAAGCAGCACCUUUACUCUCUUGCUCAUCAAAUUUAGAUGAUUUGUUGAAAAGCGAUCCGACUUUGACUCCAGAAUAUACAAACGCUAUUAAACUUGUAAGAGACUCUAUACCAUUCUGCUACUAAAUAAAUAUUGUCUUGAAAUCAA